ACAUUAAAGUCUUUAUCUAGAACACUUUUGUCGUGCUGACAUCGACGAAGGGGCACAGAUGUGGUAACAUUACAGCACACACACACACACACACACACACGCUGCCUGUUGUUAGCCCACCAUUAACGACUCCUACCGAGCGAUUCAAGACUCCAUCCUCAGAAAACAUGUCCUGGCAAUCUUACGUGGACAAUCUGAUGGCCGAUGGCAACUGCCAGGACGCGGCCAUUAUCGGUCACACUUGCGAAUCCAAAUACGUCUGGGCGUCAUCUCCCGGUGGCGCGUUUUCCAGCAUGACGUGUGCCGAAAUUGACGCGCUAGUGGGAAAGGACCGCAUGUGUUUGCUCACCAGCGGGCUGACCGUAGGCAAUAAGAAGUGCUCCGUGAUCAGAGAUAGCCUCCAAAGUGAUGGUGACUGGACAAUGGACAUCCGGACAAAGAGUCAAGGAGGAGAGCCCACAUUCAAUGUUUCUGUAGGCAGAGCUGACAAAGUAUUGGUUUUGGUCAUGGGCAAAGAAGGUAUCCAUGGAGGGAUUCUCAACAAGAAAGCUUUUGAUAUGGCCGACUACCUGAGGAAGAGGGGAUAUUAAAGCAAUCCCAUCCACCCACCUACUACCUACCAUCCAUCUACCACCCUGAUGCAUUUCACACUUCCAGUCCUAGUUAGUCCCCCCCCCCCCAUUCUCUGCCUUCUUUCCUCUUCAGUUCUCAUCCCCAGCACACUUUUUGUUCCUCCUCCCUUCAAGACGUCACUUCUGUUCUCCACCAAGACCAGCAAAAAAAAAAAGCCAAACUUGAAAAUGUCUGGGUUUAGUCGACACGGCCAACAACGUCUGCUGCGCUGCCAACUGGGCUCACGGCAUCUUCCUCCCCAACCUUCACGUCCUGGAAGAGACGGCGUGCGUUUUAUUUCUCUGCUCGCCGUCUCGCUUGUGUCCCCCUUUGUUUGUUGCCCCCCCCCCCCCCCCCCCCCCCCCCAAAUUGAUCGUAGUCAAAGUGAGUGUGGGGGAGGGGGUUAUGGACCAGCUGGGCUAAUGACGCUGGUAGCUUCUCCUCUCCUGGCCACCACUCCACCUGUCCAAUCACAGCAACGGACAUUCCACGGUUACUGGCUCAGGCACUUAAUAUCGUGUUUUUUUGUUUUCGUUUUUUUUUGCCAGCUCCUGUAAUGAAUAUUGUUGCCAUUUCCCCACUUUUUUUAUUUUAUUU